AUGAGAAGCUCAGUUCAACAAUUAGCCAAGCAUGUUCCAAUGAUCAAGUUUCCAAACAGAAGUAUACCGGUCAAGAUCGAUCUUACUUCAAAGCCACAUUUCUUUUCUAAUGGCGUUAUGCCAGCUUCUCUUUCUGCUGCUCCAAAAGUCUCUCUUCCUGAAAGUAAGGCCAAUAUUGAUUUAAGAUCAGAGUUACCUUUGAGAUUCAGAUAUAGACCAAUAGAAGAUAUUGAAAUUGAGGAUAUCAAUUUCGGUGGUGCUGAAGUUUUGAUGAAAUAA